AUGAGCCAAGAAGUGACUCAUUUCACUGUACGAAAUAUUGCACCUAAUAAUGACUGCUCUACAGGUAAUACGAUGACAACAUUACAACCAGUUAAUCCAAAACCGUUUCUGAAUGGACUAACCGGCAAACCAGUUGUUUGCAAACUAAAGUGGGGCAUGGAAUACAAAGGGUACUUGGUAUCUGUAGAUGGUUACAUGAACCUGCAGUUAGCUAAUGCUGAAGAAUAUAUUGAUGGUCGACAUACUGGUGAUGUUGGAGAAGUUUUGAUCAGAUGCAACAAUGUAUUGUGGGUUGGUGGAGCUGAGGAAAUUAGUGAAAUGCAACAUUGA